UUCUCUGACCCUACUGUAACACGUGCUCUUCACUCGCCAUUCUAUUUCCGUACAAUGAAAUUUCUAGGAAUUGUUGCAAAUCCAGUAGCUGCUAAGAAGGAGGAAAAACUGCAAUAAUUUGUAACAGAUUUAACCAUGCUGUCUUCAAGGGUUCUACAGAGAAUCACUGGUGCUUCUUCUCAGGUAAACGUUUCUCGCCCUAUCAGCUUCUACCCAGUUCUCUUCCUCUCGUGAUCUGACCAUUUGUUAAUUUGUGUGACAUAACAAAGUUUACAUUUGAAUUCAGUGCACUUUUUCACUCCUUCCCUUUCUUCUACUCUAGAUUUCAAAUUUUUGAAGUCCGUGGUCCCUUGAUCUCGUUUAACAGAUUUGUGAUCGUUCUUAGUUGAUCGGAGAAUGAUUAAAAAUGCCAUACAUGUGUAUAUUGUAGCAACAUAUACCCAUGUGGAUGCAACUUCGAAUUUAUAAGUUGUGAAAAUAAAGCUCAUCUGCAGUCUAGGUCUCGUAUGUUUGUAUGUAGAAUACUUCCAUAUAACUCCAAUUUCAAACAAAGUUAAAAGAACAGGAAACAAAAAUUAGAAAAUAAACGCAUCUAGCUGGUUUGAAGUUUUGAGAUCAUUUUAUCCUCCACUCUUGCACUCAAAAUUUCUUGUAAAAUUCUUCCCAGCCCUUCUAGAGAAUGAAAAUGUUCCAUGUCCAUUUGAAUCUAAUGCACAACACAAUUUCCUCAUUUGCAUUUUAUGCAUUACUACUGUAUAAAGAUUUAAUUAUUUUAUAUUAUGAGGGGGGAUUUUCAGUAUUGCAGUUUUGGCAAUUUUUUUUAGAUCGUUUUUUCGGUUUUUGUGCCAAAAACUUUGGUUUUUCAGUUUUGGUGAUCUUUGCAGUUUGUGGAUUUUCCUACGGCUACAUGUAGGGUACAGCUAGGCACGGAACAUUGCCAGAGUUUCUUUAUCAACACCACCUCAAAAUUGGUGACUAAGUUACAGGCCACACGUAACUGAUUGAUUCAACAUUCCAAUAGAAUCUCCAAACUUUCAGGUCUUAGUUUGCAAAUGGAAAUGUUAGAUUAGGGAUUUUUGAUGAAACUUUCCAGAGCUAAAGCUUUUUGCGACUGCAAAAUUUCAAUCCUAUUGAGGACUUAAGUGUGAAUUUCCUUAAUUUAGCUUGGCUCUAUUACCAGCUGCUGAGUCCACAGAGACCACAGUCUAGGUCCUCAAGAGAGCAGCUGUUAAUUUAAGCUGAUACUAGAAGAUACAAAUGCCAAGUCCAUGGCAUUCAUAAAUCCUGUAAUGAAAUUAGUGUAGUUUACUUUGUAUACUCCACUUAUCACCAUUGUAUCAGAUCGAUCAGGGUUUUAAUAACUGGGGUGUGAAAAUGUAUUGGUUUUGACAAUUUUGCAUGUGGUUUCCAGUUUUGAUAAAAUAUUUUUCAGUUUUUUCGUUUUGGAUGAUUUUUCUAUGGUUUUGCAGUUUCUAAUGGGCCCCAAUGCCCCCCUCUAUAAUCUAUUAUAAAUUGCAGAAUUUUCAGUCAAAGUUUGCCAUCAGAACCAUGGCAUAUGGCUACAGCAGGACAAAGAAAAAACUUCCUGUCAACACUGUAAGUGAAAUUGCUACAACAGUUAUUAUUAUGUUCUGCUGAAUAAAUGCAUACAGUAGAGGAAUAUGCCUAAGACAGAGAUCAUGAACCACCAACAACCUCAAUUGAUUUUAUAAAACAGAUGUGGUCAUCUGAGGCAGAUUAACUGAUAAUAAAGAAUAAUUGAUUGUCUCAUGAUGUAGUCACCCUCAAUAUGGACCACAAAAUUUCCAUUAUUAACUGCCAGUCUUUUAGGCUAUGAGCUCAACUGGAUAAGCUAAUCCAAUCAGUGUCGUAGCCUGGAGAAGACUAGCAGUGUGCCAUUGAGAUUUCACCACUUAGAACAAAGAAAAUGACUUCUUUGUCAUAUAUGUGACUAAACUUUAUUAUAACCUCAAUCUAAUCUCACUCUCAAACCAUCACAAGUUCUUGUGAUGCAUCAUGCCACAUUUUUCUCUUUUAAUAUCCCAUCUGCAAGUUAUUUCCCUAAUGUUUGGCAAAAUCUGGUUCACUCUGCUAACAAAAUUGCUGCACCAUGUUUGUUUAUCAAAACAGGGUAAUUUGUAACUCUGCACUGUAACUCUUUUAAAGAGAGAGAUGUCAAGGAGACGUUUUAACCAAAAUAUUUCAAUCAUCUUAUUGAUUGUGGCUUUUUAUGCAUAUGCCUUUAUUGAACGAUGUUUCUUAUUUUAGGUGGUUAAAUUUGUUCCUCAGCAAGAGGCUUGGAUAAUUGAAAGAUUUGGUAAAUUUAACAGAAUCUUGGAACCAGUAAGUACAAACUUAUUAUGCAAGAAAAAGGUAUUGAGCUUUUAAGAAAAACUCCCCUUUUAAUGCCAUUCCCACAGAAUUAUAAUACAAUCUUGUAUUGUCAACUAACUUUCUCUCCAGGGUCUUGCUAUUCUCCUUCCAGUUAUUGAUGAUAUUAAAUAUGUGCAAAGCCUAAAGGAAAUCGCCAUUGAAAUUCCUUCACAGUCUGCCAUCACGCUUGGUAAGAACUUAAGUUGCUCUUAAGUAUGUAGAUGCACCUUAGGAAACAAGAACUAAUUGUAAUAUUACAGUUGUAGUCCGGUGAUAAAACUUUUUUUAGAUACUUUCUUCUUUGUGUUUAUUUGUUUGUAUUUUGGAGUUAAAUAGUUGUCUGAUAACUAAAUGUAAUAGCAUCUGAUAACUUGAUUGUAUUGCAAGUGGGCCGAAAUCUUACAGUUAUUACAAGUUUAAAUUGAUUUGAUUUAAUUUAGUGUUUUCCUUUCCUCGUUCUACUUUAAUUUUUGUGGGUACUUUCUUGUUAACUUUAUAAAUUACUAACUGAAGGUAACUCAUCACUCUGAACAUUGUGGUUGUUCAUCAUAGAUAAUGUCACUCUUCAUCUUGAUGGUGUGUUGUAUCUGCGAGUGGUUGAUCCAUUCAAGGUUGGUUUUAUAUGAUUUUUCUUCCAGACUGUGAACAUUUCCUCUGUUUUUCCACAAAAACCAUAAGAUUGUACUGUCAGUUGGUAUGACUGAUCUGCCAUUAUUACUGACAAAACUACUUAAUAUGUAGAGAAUAGAACACAAAAACUUUGCACCCAAAACUCUUUUAACAAGUUAGAGUAGUUUUGUUGCUACAAACCUCUUCUUACUCAAAAUUUAACGGAAGAUGUUGGCUCAACUAUGGAACAUGAUAGCUUGGAAAUUUAGUCCAAGAUAAAAACUGACCAGCUGUUAGCAGUUAGGUAAUGUCCUCUGUAUUUUGAGUAUUAAAAAACAAAUGUUGAGUUUUGCUAACUGGUAAGGAACUUUUCCAAUGGAAAGUGAAUGUAAGAGAAUAAACAGAACUAGUGUCCAGCAAAUUAAAUAUAUUUAUUAAAAAGAAAAAUUGGCUUUCUUGGUAAUAACUUUCAAUGCAGCUACUGCAGCAAACAGUUUAAUUUGCUUGUACUGUUUGUGGAUUAUUUUGGCUGCAAAAUUAAAAAUUUUUGUCGCUAUCUUGGUGCAUUCUAUGAUAAUACACUGAGACGAAGCAAACUGAUAUUUUUAGUACUCAAAACUGAGCUUUAAAUCAUUGAUAAUAUUUUUUAGAACCUUAUGAUCUUGAGUUUUGUAUUUUUUGUCAAAUACUAGGCUUCGUAUGGAGUGGAAGACCCAGAGUAUGCUGUGACGCAGUUGGCUCAGACGACCAUGAGGUCUGAAUUGGGUAAAUAUCAUGUCACCGAAGUAUUAAGCUAAGAUUUGUACAUGUACAUCUAGUCUGAAAUUCCCAUCAUGUCUGAAAUUCUUUGAAAUGUUCCUGAGUCUUGUUACUCUUACAUUGCAGGUAAAAUAAGUUUAGAUCAUGUCUUUCAAGAACGAGAAAGACUGAAUCACAACAUAGUAGGUGAGAUUUAGUGUCUUCCUGGGUGAUGCUGUAAUCUUGAAAAGAGGAAGAUUUGCUAAAAGAAAACCGCAGUCAGCAAUUGAACAUGUUAAAACGUUGAUUCAGCUUUCCACUAAAUAAGUUGCUGUACUGUGGCUCAGGUACCAGUAUGUGAUAAUUGUUAGUCACCACAGUGUAUGUAGAAAGUCUAUCUGGUAAAAAUGAAGUGCCUCUCCCCUCAGAAAAUUUCUGACAAUAUUUAUGUGUGUGAACUGCCUCUUUUUUACCUACAAUUGGCUAAAACUUUUGAUAGCUGUUGGUGCAAAAAUAUCCUGUAAUUGGCUAUCUAGAUUUAAAGGCUAUGCCCAAACACAUUUGAAACAAGAAAGGAACAUUGAAGAGACACUUACCUGUCUCUCAUGAAUCUGUUAGUAAACAGUCAAUUGAGUAAGCACAUGGUGCAUUUAUUGCCAAGUAAUUGGACUGAAAGAAAGGGAAAAAAUACUGUUUAACAAUGAUGAUAUAUAUAUUGUAAGGUGUGUGCACUUUGUUUUUUUUCAAAUUCUGAACUUGAAUGGUAUCUUUUUCCCUUUAGAGGCCAUCAACCAUGCUGCUGAAGUUUGGGGAAUAAGAUGCCUGAGAUACGAAAUCCGUAAGUGUAACAGUACUGUUUACUGUAUAUUGAAAAAAGGUUGGGGUAUGGUUAGCUUGUUUCAGCGGCUGGAUUUCUGGUCUCAAGAUCAAGAUUGAGAUCUGUAUGAUGUGCCCUUUGUGUUGUGCUCUCACAUAAGGUUCUUAACUCUCACAGAGCCCCUCCUGACCUAAGAAUAUAAAGGGUUGCCAGUGUUCUGUCAGUUAAACCUGAAAAGUGCUGAAUGGUCCUUGCAAAGGACCAACAUCUUAGCGAGGUGGAGUAGACAUACUCCCAUGUCAUGAAGUGUUAUCAGUUGUUUUGUUGGACUUAACCCUUAACACCCAGUAAUCAAUAUUUAAGUUCUCAUACUCUUCUUAAUACAUCACCUUUGGUAUUUAUAUGGAGAAUUUUUCUAAUAAUCAAGGGCUUCUUGAGUUUGCCAUCAUUUCCUUUAUUGUUACAACCUUAUUGGGAGAAAUUAGAUGCUUAUCGAUUGAAGGGAUAAAAGGGUUAAUGUCAAUGUUCAAGAAAUAUGAUGGAUGUGAGGCUUUUGAGGACAUGCAAUAAUUUCUUUUUUUCAGGGGAUAUUCAGCUUCCAAACACAGUAGUUGAGGCUAUGCAAAUGCAGGUAUGGCAAAUUUCUUCAGUUGACACUAAGACUUAAAAUGGUACAAGUAAUGAAAAUAUUAGAAAGUAUAAGAGGCACUCAGAUUACCCAAACCCUCCAGGUUAAUCAUUCCAAUCUUCCUCUUCAUCCUCAAAAAGUGUAGCCAGUCAAUGACAGGGCGUGAAAUUAACUUUUUUUUCUGAUAGCCACUUGGCUCCUAAAUUCUUCAAAGUGGUAGCCAAUUCAAAAAAGUUGGUCGCCAUUUUCAAAGACAAACAAAAUCUUUCUUUACGCUGUCAGCGUUCUAGAUAGACCCUCCAAAAUUACGUUAGGGAAAAGAUUCUUUAACGUGCUACAAAGUGGACACUAGGAUGGAUGAUAUACAAAGUUCAGGCUCAUCUAAAUCCAAGAUGGCGUCUAGUUAUCGAUCGAGAUGCAUGUGCUACGUUUUGGAAACAAACUUAACGAGGAAGAUUGCCGCGGAUUUAUCUUUGCAAGUCUUUUUAAUUCACUAUAUCUCUUGGUAAGGUUAUGAUGAAACGUUCUAUUCGCCAAUUUGGCGACUAACUUUCAGGAUUUGGUCGCCAAAGUGAAAAAUUUAGUCGCAUUGGCACCUGUAUUAGGCGCAAUUUCACGCCCUGAAUGACUAUGAAAAAUAUCAAAACACCAUGGAAAACUGCAAGUAUCAAGCAAUUUUGACUGCCACGCUUAGCCCAAUGUAAUAAUAUCUUGCUAAAACAGCAGCUACUGCAACAAACAGUUCACGUUGCUCUGUGCUGUUUGUGGAUUACUUUGCUGCAAAAGUUGAAAAAAAACGUUUGUCGCUAUCUUGAUGUUUUCUGUAAUAAUGCAUUGAGACGAAGCAAACUGAAAUUACACCAAAUAAACAGCACACAUGGACAUAAAAAAUCGUUUUUUGUGAUGCUUUUAUAAUGAACAUUGCAGGUAGCCUUCGUCCGUUACGUCACUCCUCCCCUCUGAUUGUUCGUUUGAAUCGGAAUAUUUCCUUACUGUUAACAGUUUCCUUUUAGAACGCUUUUUGAUUAAGUGUCGUGAAACCAAACCCAAAGAAAUCAGAACAAAGGAAAAUCACAAGGCGCCAAUGCGGAAAGCAACUAUUGCCUGAUGCGCGGGAAAAUUUAAGUGAUCAAGGCGCGAUUGGUUUCAGUUUCGCUUCGCGAAAAUCUGAGAAAAAUGGCCCCUUGCCACUCCUCUUUAUAUUUACCAGCGUUGUGUGUAAACGGUUGAACACUGUUGCUAGCUAAUAAAGACAUUUGAAGUAAUUUCUGUAUUCUAUCGGCUCAGGUGGAAGCUGAGAGGAUGAAACGUGCUGCAGUGUUGAAAUCAGAAGGUAAAAAAAAAACAUAACACGUAUUUCUAAUACUUCUCUCUUGCCUUUAUUAGCAGCAUAAAGUCCUUGAUAAUUAUUAACGGUGUCAAUUGCUUUUUCAGAAUUUAUUUGUACCGUUUUGUUGGCUUUUAGGUGAAAGAGAAGCCGCCAUCAAUGUCGCAGAAGGAAAAAACAAAGUCAGAUUUUAGCAUCUGAAGCAAGGAAGAUGGAACAGAUAAACAUUGCUACUGGUAACUUGCUGCUUUCUACAUUUCUCUGAAUCACCAAAGGUGGCGUAUGUCUAAAUCAACACAGUAGCUUUGCGCGUAAUGUGCAAACAGCUGCACACGCGUAGAAAAUCUUUUAGCGAGAGUAGAAAACAGAAGCGGGUGUAAAGAUGACGUUAGGGCGAGAAUGGAAACCGUUCGCAACUGUUUACGCCCAUGGAAAACGUGUGCGCGCUGUAAUGAAACGAUUGUGCUUGUACAGAAAACGUUUACACGAGAAAAGGAAAAUAAGUUUAAUUUGACAUAUGUAACCUUUACCAUACAGGUGAAGCGAAUGCAAUUGUUGCAAAGGCGACAGCUCGCGCGGAAGGAAUUGAAAAAGUCUCUUUGGCCCUUCAACGGCAGGUGUGUUCGAGUGCGUUUGCUUAAAAGAGCCGUGUUUAUUUUUUGUGAUGAGGUAUGAUACUUCCAAUAGGAUGUAUGUAAACAAGAAAACUGCACCUGGAGAACAAGGAAUAAAAUGCUUCUCCUCCUCCGAGGUUCAAAGGAGAGACCUCCAUGUUUGUACACUCAAUCCUUUGACUCCUAAUAGUGACCGGCAUCUAAUUUCUCCUCACAAUAUCACCCCUGAAGCACACAUUCAGGUCACGAGAAUAAAGGAAAUGAUCACCUACUAAAGAAGUGAAUUGUUAAACAAAUUCUCCCCGUCAGCACCUUGGGAAAUGUAUAGAGAACAGUAUGGAGAAUAUGCACACUGAUGCUGGGAUGUAAAGGGUAAUAUAUUCGUAGACGUAGCGUAAUCUACUGAUGGGUCAUUUGUUUUUUACAUCACGCAUUUAAGAACAUGUACGUUUGCAGUUCUUGUGUUUUUGUCGGUAGUCUCUAGGCAGCAUUACUCAGGAGUGAACGUUAGCAAUGGAAGCUUUUCCGCCUUAUCUCGUCUAUUAACAGAUUGCAAUGGGAAACAUUUUUGAACCAAUUCACUGAUCUUCUAGUUAGGUGAGAGAGCAGCUACGCUCAAUGUCGCUGAACAGUACGUGAAGGCAUUCUCUAAUCUGGCUAAAACAAACAACACGGUGGUGUUACCAGCUAAUGUGGGAGACGCGGGUUCAAUGGUGGCACAGGUGAGAGCCUUUUUACUAGUAUUGUUCAUAGACAACUGUUACAAAGGCAGCACAUCUGGGUCAAAACUUAUGGGUUUUUUGAGUAACUUGCGAGUAGGUACCCAUUAUAAGUGUUGCGUGGCGCGGGUUUUCCGUCCGCGGGGAGAUUUGAAACGAAGAAACGCUCGAGCCUAGGCUCCAAUGAUAAAGGCCUAUUUGCCCAAGUGACGAGUGCUCUCUGUGUAAAUCUAUUAGGAUCCUUAACUGUCUGUUCAGUUUAAGCGUCUGUAUAACUGUCUGUUUGUUUGUUCGUAUGGUCAUUAUUUUUCUUUAACUGGUCUUACACAGCUUUAUUAAGCUCUUUUACCUGCGCAGCUCAAGAAUCAAACAGUGCUCACUUAAUACCAUGUUUGAGUUCUGGCGGCUGUUAGAGAAACGAAGUGUCGCUAUCUUGCUGUGUUUAGCCGUAGGGCAUUGAGACGAAACACGCUUACUUCCGUCUAUAAAUUGUUGAAUCAUCGUCGUUACUGACUUAGAGACGUUACAAUGUUGCCCUAUCAUGAUAAAGGUUUUGUUAAAGAAUGGAUUGAUUCCGGGCUCAGCAUCCUGUUACUGGCAGUUGUCAACUUGUCAAAACGAUUUCUGUUGGAAAGUGAAAUUUGGGAAAUGCUGUUCUGGGAAUGAAUUAGAGCAUUCGUCUAGGGCAAAAAAAAGUAGUCGUUACAUCUCAUCUCUUCUGUUGCUUUACAGGCUUUGGCGGUUUAUGGCCAGGUCACAGGGAAGCCUAAGAAUGACCCCCCACCCUCUUCCGGUGGGUUAACCGAUUCUUCAACAGAUAGUGCGAGCGCAGGCGGCGACCAAACACAGGAGGGAGGUGACGGGGACACGCAAAAAGACAAAUCGUCUGCUUCUGCUGCAAGAGAUUUUCGGCAAGUCGAGGGUUCUCCAGCGGAUUCACACAUGAGAUGGAACCCAGUCUCUUCAAGAUCACACUUCACUGCGGCUUCUUCACCAACUCGCGCACGAGACUUUUCGUAAAUUUACAAUUAGUCUAUCCCGCGUUGUUCACGCAAUUUCAUCAAGAAAUCGAGCAUAAAGCAGAACUGCCAUGAACCCGUUCACGCUGACUUAAUGCGCUACAUUUGAAUCAAAUUUUUCAGGCGCAAGCUAAAUAAAGGUCAUUAUUGAAGGACGUUCAUCAGAACUAAACAAAGAAGUAAUCCGGGAUAAAAGACGCCUUUUGGCAAGAGUACCGAAAUUUCCUCUGGAGAUGAUAUUUUUAAUUUUCAUGAUAGUUCGUACCUACUUUAUUAACAAGAUGAAAUUAACAGGGGAUUCUUUACUAAUUUAACACUUGGUGCGACUAAUUUGCGCGAAUGGGUCGCUUGGCUACUGUUGCAUUUGUGUUAUCAGGGCAGAGUCGCUGAAGAAAUUUGCCUCAUGAAACUCUUGAUUAAUGUGAAAAGAUGGCGCGAACGUCGCUCCAAGGUGAAGGGAGUGCCUACACCUUUGCGACAUAAUAAAAGCAUGCCAUUAUGUUGAGGAUUGAAUUUCAAACAAAAUCAGUUCACAAGGCUAAAGAGUUUCGUGAUGAAGCGUGAGUGGUUUUAACUGAGCUAUGAGAGUAAUCCGGGAUUGUAUAGGUAAAACCGAUAAAACUUGGACGCUCGCGUUUUUACGCAACUCACAUCGAUUUCCUUCGUUUUAUAAGCUUCUUUUGUUGUUUUCCUUGUCGUUUUGAACAGUUUCGAGUGCACGAAACCAAAUUGAAAUGGCUCCAAGACCUACAAAGUACCCAAUUCUUUCAUUCUUGAAGGUCUCACUAGCAGUUGUUGUUUGGUUUUGGCACCCAGCGCGCUCCCUAAAGAUGUAUCAACGUGUUGCGACAGGUUGCCUUCAUUACGUGACUGGAUUAAACAGCAUGACUAGUUAAAAAGGAAACGAUGAGUUGGCCUGCUUUCUAACAAUAAUCUGCCCAUCCCCAACAAGCUCUUUGCAGCUGGUGAUCACAUGACACUGUCAGUCAAAAAAUUAAUGAAAAGCUGGUCAAAAGUCUGUAGAUUAAGUAAAAGGAAAGAAAAAGAAAUAAGACUGCGAAAACCCAUGAUUACCUCAUGAUAGAAAUGGAAGUAAAAUUAAUUCAGAGAAAAU